AUCCGUCCUGAUCCCGCUUCCCCUCGCAGCUUGCAGCCCUGUGGAGCGGCCUCGGGCCCGUCCCAGCCCGGCACCAUGAACGUCUUCGACCGCAGCAUCAACUUUGAUGCCCUCUUCAAGUUCUCCCACAUCUCGGCCUCCACCCAGGAGCACCUGAAGAGGGUCUAUGGCAGCUUUGCCCUCUGCAUGUUCGUGGCAGCUGCGGGCGCCUACGUCAACGUGGUGACCCACCUUUUCCAGUUUGGGCUCUUGACUGGCCUGGGCGCACUGGGGCUGAUGGUUUGGCUCACGGCCACCCCACACAGCCGUGAGACCGAGCAGAAGCGGCUGGGGAUGCUGGUUGGCUUCGCCUUCCUCACAGGUAUCAAUCUGGGACCCCUCCUGCAAAUGUGCAUCUCCAUCAACCCCAGCAUCAUCCCCACUGCCUUCCUGGGCACUGCCACCAUCUUCGCCUGCUUCUCCCUGAGCGCCCUGUACGCCCGGCGCCGCAGCUACCUCUACCUCGGAGGUUUCCUGCUCUCCGGCCUCACCCUGAUUCUUCUCUCCUCCCUGAUUAACGCCUUUGUGAGAUCCACCUGGCUCUUCACGGCCAACCUGUACGUGGCGCUGAUGAUCAUGUGUGGCUUCGUGCUCUUCGACACGCAGCUCAUCAUUGAGAAGGCGGAGAGCGGGGACAAGGAUUACAUCUGGCACUGCGUUGAUCUCUUCCUCGACUUCGUCAACAUCUUCCGGGAGCUCCUGAUGAUCCUGGGCAUGUCCGAGGUGGGUGAGGGGCCCUGGGCAGGGCAGGGCAGGGGCACAGAGCUGCCCCGUGGCGUGGGGGACAGAGGGACAGAGCCCAUGGUGACCGUGGCCACUUUGCUCUUGCAGAACAAGAAGAAGGAGAAGAAGUGAAGCGGCUCUGGGCCGAGGCGGAGCCACCCCUGUGUCCCCAUGUCCCCUCCCGUCCCUCUCUGUCAUUAAAGGGGCUGUGCUUUGCUGCCGAGGAAGCAGCCAGAAGCUUUCGCACCUCGUGGGUUUUUUCUCUUGUUCAGCUUUUUUUUUUUUUUUUUUUUUUUGUUU